UCACGCUUACGUCAAGCUGCAUUUUACAACUUAACAUUCUCUUAACAUGGUGCUGUCGCUAAUGCACUAGAUAGUUUUUUAAAUAAAUUAAUACAAUCAAUUGAAUGAGAAUUGAAUGUUUAGAGUUAAUUGUGCAUUAUAUCGGGACUAGCUCUUUGUGCGCAUGCUACGUUGCUAUGGUGAAGAAAACGGCAACAAGCGUUGCUAACCUCAGCGUCAUCAUUAAGCGUGAUUAAAAUCGUUUACUGGUAAACAGCGACGUUUUAAAAGUUUCUGCAAUUUCAGAUGUGUGAAGGACCUUCCACCAUAUCUGGGCCAAUCCCUCCAGAUCCUUCUCUGUUUCCUCAGUACUACAAACGACCAGCCUCAGCUCGUGGUCGUUUAGAGGGAAACAAUGAUGGGACAUUGGCCCUUCUCUUGGGUCCACUUGCUCCGGAUCCUGUGUUGUAUCCGGAAUGCUACAGUGCACAUUUACCAACACAUCGCCCCCGCAUCAGCCCAAGUGCCACCCACAUUCUGGAACGUGGACGUAAAGGGGUUGUGGGAGAACUACUCAGACCAGACAGUGUCUCUGUCACUCCUGUUCCUAAACAAAAACAGAAAGUACAUAACUUUGGCAAAGAGAAUAUACGUCGACUCCGGGAGAUCCAGAAGCGCUGCAAAGAACAGGAAGCUGAGAGAGUACAGUCCCGUCCUGUUCCAGUUAAAGCUCUUUGGACCUCCUCAAAAUACCAGAAUGUCUCAUCCAGGGUGAUGGCCCAGCUAGAGGUUUCCACCUCAACUGUUAAGCCACAGUGUCAAAACUUUCUGAAGGCCCACUCUAAUGGUGGCAUUGCUGCGUCUCCAAGACCUUCAGCUGUAGCUGUACACCGCCCGGCCUCCUGCAACUCUAUACAGGACCAGGACUUGAAGGUGCAAGGUCAGAGCAUAGAUUUCAUAAAACGUAACACCCAGGCUGCAGGAAGAACAGUUUUUCGCCGGUCCAAGUCACUGACAAACCUCAAAGAUAAACCUGUGCCCACUGCAGUCAAAGGACAGGUGCCUCAGUACCUUGAAGAACGAAAACUGCAGUGGCGUAAAGAGGAGGAGGAGAGGAAGAGAAAUGCACCUGACCCUACAAUCCCAGCUGGUCACACCCUGAUGCCUGAGAGCAAGAAACAGGAAACACUGAAAUCCCUGAAAGAUACCCACCGUUCCUUGGUGACCGAGCUGCUCUCGCUCCCCCUGAAGGCUGACAGUCUGAGUAUUCGCUCACGUCGGGCUCAUCUUGAUUGCAGGCUUUCUGAAAUCGAGGAGGCCAUUAAAAUAUUCUCCAGAGACAAAGUUUAUAUAAAAAAUGAUUCCUAACACAUAAGGAGGAGGACAAAUAAAGAAGAGGAUGAGAUAGUCCUUUAAAUCAACAGAUCAAAUGAGAAUUUUCAUAAUUUUUUUAAAUGCAUUAUGUGACAGAAAACUGGACCUUUUGGAAUUGAUUAUUAUUUUAGUGCUAUGGAGGCAUUUUAUAAAGAAACAAAUUUAUAUUUCCUAUGGAGUAGUCUGCUGCUGUUCAAGUUACUGGAUGCUAAUACCAAAUUAACAUAUUGUAUAUAUAGUUGAUGCUACUGUGCUAUGUGUAGUUGAUAUUUAUAUAUUUGUUGUAAGUAAGAGGGAGAUUGUGUAAUUUUGUAAACCUUAAAAGAUAUCAGUUCAUUAAGUGUCAUUUAGGGAGAUAAGUUCUGUUACUAUUGAUUUGUACU